AUGUCUGAGGAAGAGGAAUCCAAACGGGUAUCUGUUCAGGUGUCGUCUUUAUCGACCCAAUUGAUCGAAAGCAUUGAUAAACAGUCACAUUUAGAAGAGCAACUUUUAGUGGCUAGGAAAGUUAUCAAUGGCAACCAGGCCUCGCUCCAAGCUAUGGACAGCUUGAAAGAGCAGGUCUUCAACUUGAAAAAGGACUUAAAAGCCGAAAAGGCUCACAAGUUUGAAAUGCGAAGUCUCCUAAAGACGAUGGGAGAAGAGAAAGAGCUAGCGCAAGCAGAGGCUCAUCGUUUAAAUAAAGAGGUUGAAGAUCUGACCGCAUCCCUUUUUGACGAGGCUAACUCUAUGGUAGCUGAUGCCCGUAGGGAAACUCAUAACAUACAGAUAAAAAAUGACAAGCUUACUGAACAACUGCAAGAGAAAGAUGUACUGUUAGAGACUCUGAAAAUCCAGUUGAAAAACCUCAAAGGCGUUUUAUACACCCUGGAAGAAGAACAAAACGCAGCUCUCAUGUCAAAUCGGAAUUCAAUUGCAGCGAACGAAACCGGAACCGUGUCCAGCGGAUCUUUAGAAAAAACCAUGAGCGCUUUGACGGGUACACUGCCGACUUCUGACACUGUUAUAUUCUCACCGUACAUCAAGUCCCUAAGGUAUGAUUUGGGUCUGUACAACGAGUUUUUGAAAUUCGUAGCCGUUUUGCCAGAAUGCUCGUCUAUUAGAGACACCACUUCCCGCUCCAAGCUUCUCAGAAGACUGGUACACGAUGAGAUCCAGCCAAUGCUCCGGUUGGACAAUGCAAGUGGGGUCGGCUGGUACGUGAGACGCAAUUUAAUGAAUUUAAUGAUGGAAGGCAUGGUUAUUAUUGAGCCUAUCAGUGGAAUAAACGAAACAUACCGUCUGGGCCAUAGCUCGAAUUCGGCAACUAGUUCACCUCAGUUGCCAAAAGCCGACAAAUUUAGAGAUGCACACCUCUACAAUUACCCAGCAAACUCUCCACCGGUUGCUAUUCAAGAUCCGUGCGCCUUUUGCUCCGAAAGUCGUAAUGACAUUCUAGAGCACGGAAGACUUUACGUUCUCAAGACUUUGCUAAAGAAUGAAGAUGGCACAAUAACUCCUUCUGCCCAAUUCCCACUUUGUCACUACUGCCUGCUCAAGAUCCGGCAAACAUGCGAGAUAUUUGCCUUUUUGAGAUUGCUGAAAAGCGGCGCUUGGCAUUUAGAAGACCUAUCAGACUACAAGAACUCCAAGAAAGUAUCAAGCGAAGCUCUCGCUCAGAACGGGGCACCAGAAAGCCCCAAUAUCGAUAUUAAAUCAAAGCGCUCGAGUUUCAUGUCAGGUUUGUCCAAGACCGUGCCAGCGAGAGGAGCAAAUGCCCCAGAAAAAGUCCCCACAUUUUCAUCGCACAACGCAACUCCCUCUACAAACAUUCAACGGGCCUGGGCUCAGCUCUGUAAGCUCCGAGCCUCACUGCUCUGGGCGCACAUCGGUGUCUGGGCUUUAGAGGACUGUUUGGAAACAAAGUUGGGUCCCACUACCGACUCCUCCGAGAACUUAGUCCCCAACUUACCCCGGGAUGCCCUACAGAAGCGCGAAACCCGUGAAUCCACUAUCAACAAACCAGAAACUUUCUCGACAGAGAAAGACUUCGAUUUCAAGUCUUCAGAGGAAUUUGGGUUGAGACAAAGCGCAGCUAGUAGCCACGAAUCGGUUAACACAGAGAAUGAAUUAAGGGCUCACGACAAAAAUCCCACUUCCACGCAAUCAAUUUCCAAAGACAUCAAAGGAAGUGCAUCCGACUCGCACACUUAUGCAGAUGUCGAGUCCCCACGAAGCUUGAAUGAUAAAAUCGAACCAGAAGUCUCCUCCAAAAUCUUAAUCGCGACCCGUUCGUUGGACCCAGCAGCGAAAGAAGACGUGAAAACACAGCAGCCCGCAAUCGUUUUUCAAAAUUCAUCAUCUCCUGACAAAAAUGAGAACACCCAGAGCUCCGCGGUCGAUCAUCAGCAGGAAGCCAAUGAUAAAUCUCUCGAUGUAAGUCAAACCCCGAUGCUGGCAACCGACGAAACGGCUGGCAUGGCUAAGCCCGAAAUUUCAGCUUCAGACAGCAAAUUGGGAAGCACCACCGAGGACGAAGAUGCUAUGUUUGACGAUGCUCACAGUACAGUAUCUUGA